UCGUUGCUCUGUCGUCAUUUUUCUGCGACAACACUUUACUGGCUCGUGUUCUGAAAGCGCGAGCCUACAAGUUAAGUGAGAAGGUCAGUAGGCGCGCGAGGGGUUAUGUCUCAACCAUGGUUAUGUCCUACCGUUUUGCUCUGCAUUUAUGGGUUUUUCUGCAGUUACAGACCUCUGGAACCUUUUUUAACUCCAUUUUUGAUGGGACCUGACAAAAACCUUACAGAGAAAAUGGUUGUGAAUGAGAUCUACCCAUUCUGGACCUAUUCCUACCUUGUCCUGUUGUUUCCUGUUUUCCUGGCCACAGAUUACCUCCGCUACAAACCUGUGCUCAUUGUCCAAGCAGCCAGCUUCAUAGUGACUUAUGUCUUGCUUGUGAAAGUCCGAAGCGUGCCUUCAAUGCAGUUGUUGGAGUUCUUUUUUGGACUUGCCACUGCCACUGAAGUGGCCUACUAUUCAUACAUCUACAGUGUUGUAGAGCCAUCUCAUUAUCAGAAGGUGACUGGUCUUUGCCGGAGUGUCACACUGUUGGGCUCGGCCGUUGGCUCACUAACGGGGCAGAUUCUGGUGUCUGUCGGCCAGGUGCGCCUCUUUUACCUGAGUGUCAUCACGCUGGUGUCUUCAUGCGUAGCUUUUGUCGCCCCUUGGUUUCUACCCAUGCCCAGCAAGAGCCUGUUCUUUCACCAGAUAGAGGGCAGCUCUCAGGAUGAAGCAACUCAUGAACCCAUGAACAGCAGCCCGCUGAUCAGCACAUUGGAGGAUUCAGAGUCAAACAGGCAACUUGGUGCAGACAAAAGAACGGGUCUGAAGAAGAGAACAAGCAGUGCUGGAUUACUUGAAGUGUUAAAAAUGCUCUGGGCAGACUUUUUGCAGUGUUACUCCUCUUCUACACUUCUGACCUGGUCAGUUUGGUGGGCUUUGUCCACCUGCGGUUACUUACAAGUGAUCAAUUAUGCUCAGGCACUUUGGGAGAAAAUCUUGCCAUCCACUAAUUUUGAGAUCUACAAUGGCUACGUGGAGACCAUUUCUACAUUGCUUGGUGCUUUAGCCGCCUUUGUGGUGAGCUUUGUGAAAGUGUCGUGGGCAGUAUGGGGAGAACUUGCUCUCUGUAUUUUCUCUGGGGUAAUCGCUGUGUGUGUGUACCUCAUGGUCACCAUCAAAAAUAUCUGGGUGUGCUACACCUCCUACGUGCUGUUCAGAGCUACUUACAUGCUGCUGAUCACCAUAGCAACGUUUCAGAUUGCUGCAAAUCUAAGCAUGAAACGAUAUGCUUUGGUGUUUGGAGUGAACACCUUCAUUGCACUUCUACUUCAGACUCUGCUUACUGUGAUUGUAGUAGAUUCAGCCGGUCUAGGCCUGGACAUUUUCUUGCAGUUUUUCAUCUAUGCUAGUUAUUUUACUGCAGUGGCAGCAAUUUUCUUCAUCGCCUGGCUUUAUAAAAUAGUCAAGAGGAGGAGAUCUGGAGACCAGACUGACAGUGGACUAAAUGUGUUGGCCUCAACAGAGGUAGACACUGUAGUCUCUAAAGACAUGAGACAUGUUACAGAGGCUUGAAUUUCCUCAAAUCCUCAUUCCUGUGCAUUUUAGCACAAGAUCAUGAAGUUAUAAUGUGAAUUCAGUCGGGAUUUACAAAUAAGGAAGGUUACUUUCUUAAGCAUUGGUGUGAAUGACUCAUAAUUGAUCACAUAAUUAUACACCGUAGGUGACAAUUUCAGUUCGCACAAUGUUUAUAUAUAAAUAAUGCACUGCACAAAUGAACAAAUUGUUUUUAUGAAAAAAAAAAACAAUUUCAUUGCCUUACUUUACUGCUGUUACUUAAAAUUAAGCAACUCGGUUGCCAAAGGGUGAGAUGGUUUGAGGAUGGACACUUCCAUCCAAAAAUAAGAAUCUUUUUUUUAAACUGGACUGUAAAGUACAAUUUUUUUGUUAUUGUCACUCUCUAUGAACAGAGUAUGGAUAAUUUCUAAAGCAUUUGUAUAUUAGAAUAUUUUCAAUGAAUAUUAUUUAUGUUUCAAGAGCAGUCAAAUUGAGUUUGACAAAUGUUUCUAAAUUUGUGUCAAAUUUAGAAAAGGAAUGAGAUUUAUUGUUUUUAGACAGGGCCAAAACGUUUCUGGAUGGUUUUAAGACACUUAAGUAUUUACAGGUUAAUUUAUAAAGUAAUGUAUUAUUAAACAUCCACAGGUCUCACAUAAAAUGACUCAAGCUUAAUGUCAUGGGACACCAGUUUAAUGCAAAGUAUGCCACAUUUGUGGUAUAUGUAAUGGUUUUUAUUUAAUUGGGUCAAUACUACUUGGAUUAUAUAAAAAAUAUAUAAUUGCACAGUGUAAAUAUCACGAUAAUACACUUUCGUGAUUAUGCCUAAAAAUCUGAAAAUAAAUUUGUUCAAGGCAAUGUUUUCCUAUUUAUAUAAAGAACUGUGCACUGUAUCUAAUUCUGUUACAAUCACCGCAACCUAUUCCUUUUGAAGAAAUGUUUCAGGGGAAAGUGGCUUAGUAUUACUUUUAUGGCUAUGCCAUGCUUAAAAUAUCUAAAGUAAAAUUUAACUUUCACAAUGAUAUCUUGCAAAUCAGACUUCAUUUGAAGUGUACAUUUUACAGGCAAAAUUGACUUUUUGAAAUGAAAAUGCUAGAAAAUGUUUGAUUGUAGAAAUGAAAUCACAAUUGCCAGCAUUAUAGCAAAGGUGUCCUUUAUUCAUGUUUAUAAUCACUGGUAACGGUUCAUUUGAUGGUACUUUGGGAACUUGAGACCAAAACAGAGGUGUGUGAGUACUGUGUGUGGCCAUUUCAGAAUGUCCCCUAAACUUUAUUUAUUUUGUAUGUUGUGUGAUUCAAGUUGUUGGACACAAAAUCAGAACUGUAGUGUGUUCUGUAGCACUGCACUUCAUUGUUUUUCUUUGACUACUGUAGAGUUUUUUGAUAGAGAAGUAAAAACCAUGGAAAUAAAAACAUUUAAUAAAA